AUGCCGGCGGCGGCGGGGGACGGGCUGCUGGGCGAGCCGGUGGCGCCGGCGGGCGGCGGCGGCGGCGCCGAGGACACGGCGAGGCCGGCGGCGGCCUGCGAGGGAAGUUUCCUGCCGGCCUGGGUGAGCGGCGUGCCCCGCGAGCGGCUCCGCGACUUCCAGCACCACAAGCGCGUGGGCAACUACCUCAUCGGCAGCAGGAAACUGGGCGAGGGCUCCUUCGCCAAGGUGCGCGAGGGGCUGCACGUGCUGACCGGAGAGAAGGUGGCCAUAAAAGUCAUCGAUAAAAAGAGAGCCAAAAAGGACACCUAUGUCACCAAAAACCUGCGGCGAGAGGGGCAGAUCCAGCAGAUGAUCCGCCACCCCAACAUCACCCAGCUCCUGGAUAUCUUAGAGACUGAAAACAGCUACUACCUGGUCAUGGAGCUGUGUCCUGGCGGCAACCUGAUGCACAAGAUCUAUGAGAAGAAGCGGCUGGAGGAGGCCGAGGCCCGCAGGUACAUCAGGCAGCUCAUCUCGGCAGUGGAGCACCUGCACCGGGCCGGGGUGGUCCACAGAGACUUGAAGAUAGAAAAUUUGCUACUAGAUGAAGACAAUAAUAUCAAGCUGAUUGACUUUGGCUUGAGCAACUGUGCCGGGAUCCUGGGCUACUCCGACCCCUUCAGCACACAGUGUGGCAGCCCCGCCUACGCUGCCCCCGAACUGCUUGCCCGGAAGAAAUACGGCCCCAAAAUCGAUGUCUGGUCCAUAGGUGUGAACAUGUAUGCCAUGCUGACAGGGACCCUGCCUUUCACCGUGGAGCCUUUUAGCCUGAGGGCUUUGUACCAGAAGAUGGUGGACAAGGAAAUGAACCCCCUCCCCACCCAGCUCUCCACAGGAGCCAUCCACUUUCUGCGCUCCCUGCUGGAACCAGACCCCGUGAAGAGGCCAAACAUUCAGCAAGCCCUGGCAAACCGCUGGCUUAACGAGAACUACACGGGCAAGGUGCCAUGUAACGUCACCUACCCCAACAGGAUCCACCUGGAAGACCUGAGCCCGAGCGUGGUGCUGCACAUGACCGAGAAGCUGGGCUACCGCAACAGCGAUGUGAUCAACACCGUGCUUUCCAACCGCGCCUGCCACAUCCUCGCCAUCUACUUCCUCCUCAACAAGAAGCUCGAGCGCUACCUGUCAGGGAAAUCCGAUAUCCAGGACAGCAUCUGCUAUAAGACCCAACUCUACCAGAUAGAGAAGUGCAGACCCCCUAAGGAGCUCUAUGAGGCUUCCCUGGAAACCUGGACAAGAGACCUUGAAUUCCAUGCUGUGCAGGAUAAAAAGCCCAAAGAACAAGAAAAAAGAGGGGAUUUUCUUCAUCGACCAUUUUCUAAGAAGUUGGACAGGAACCUGCCUUCACACAAACCACCGUCUGCCUCUCUCAUCACGCAGAUCCAGAACACCAAAGCUCUGCUCAAGGAGCGCAAGGCUUCCAAGUCAAGCUUCCCUGACAAAGAUUCCUUCGGCUGCCGCAAUAUUUUCCGUAAAACCUCCGACUCCAAUUGUGUGGCUUCUUCUUCCAUGGAGUUUAUUCCCGUCCCACCCCCCAGGACCCCCAGGAUUGGGAAGAAACAGGAGCCCCACCAACAAGGGCUGGGAAGCUCCGGCAUCCCCCCCAAGGAGGAACCCCUCAUGCUGGAUAUGGUGCGUUCUUUCGAGUCUGUCGACCGCGAUGACCAAACGGAUGUGCUGUCCCCGUCUCACCACUAUAGGAUUCUAAACUCGCCCGUGAACUCUGCUCGCCGGGAUUCUGGCGAGAGGACACUUUCCCCAGCUCUGCUGUCCGGAAGCUCGUCACCUGUCCAGACGCCCCCGCAUCUCACUCUGGUCUCCUUCGCUCAUGAAGAAAAGAAUAGCCCCCCAAAGGAGGAGGGUGUGUGCUCCCUGCCUCCAGUUCCCGGCAGCGGCACCACGCAGCCUUUGGGGAGCCCAAACUGUGUGAAGAGCCGAGGCAGGUUCCCCAUGAUGGGCAUCGGGCAGAUGUUGAGGAAGCGGCAUCAGAGUCUGCAGCCCUCUGGGGACAGGCCUCUGGAAGCCAGCAUGACCCCGCCGCAGCCCACAGCCCCCGUGAGCCUCUCCUUCAACAUGGCGGAGGGGGUCAAAGGCCAGUGUUAACCUGGGCCAGCGGGUUUCUGGGUAAUCUCAGGAAAGCACUGGACCAGAGCUCCAGACAUCUGUCAGGAGCUGACGAUUCAGAGACCUCCACGGAGCAUCAUCUCCUCAUGUAUCCCUGCCUUGCAGUUUGUCUGCCCCAACUUUGGAACAGCUGAAGUCCACAGCCCCGAGGCCUGCUUGGCCCAACCUCACCUCUGAACCCCCUGGAGAUGCUGGGAAUCAUGAGGAAAAUUGGUAUUGGUGCAGCCAGUUUCCAUCAUUCAGUUCCUCCUUCCUGCCAUGCACUGCCCAACCCCUCAUCUCCCUCAGCUGGACUUGAAGGAGCAAACCGUGCAUCAGAAUUCCAGGCCACCCAGAUUGCAUGGCCGGUUUGGAGAUGUUGCCUCACUUUGUGCCUCUCCGUGGAUUGUCCGGUUGGCAGCAGCUGCCACAGUUAUGUCAGAACUGAUAGCUCCCCCGAAAAUGGCUAAUCCACUUGCUUCCCUGCAUUUCCUCUACUUCCCUUCCUUUCGGAGCAGUGAACGUCCUGGCAGGGCUGGCAGGAGCUGGCGUGCUGGGACUCUACACCCUGCAAGAGAUGGGGAGGAUCCCUCACCCUCAGCCACCAGCACUGCCUCCCACCGAGCAGGAAAGACAGCUGGACAAGGACUGAACCCAAGAUGGGAAUUCCCAAUGAAAGAGGACAGUUUGUGUUUGGUUGGUUGGUUGGUUUUGGUUGAAACAUGCUCAUGGCUGAAUUAUCUUCUUCAAAGAAAUUUUUCUUCUUAAUGAACAUGAUUUCAUUAAGUCACCUGAACAUAAUUUUUGAAAAGCUCGAUGGAGAGACAAGAAGUGAUUCCACCAAACUCAUGUUUUCACAAGAGGAUAUGGUGCAAGGAACCGGAAAUCUCACCCAGGUGUUGUUUUCAGCAGCUGUUGGAUCAUGGCAGCUUGCAGAUGGGACACAAUCACAACCAGCCCUGUGAUCGUCCCUUGUUGUAUCGACAUAACCCAGAUCCUUCCAGAAGGCACAGAACCUAGUGACACUUGGUUUUUUAGAAAGAGAGAAAGGGAUGGUUAAAGUGGGAUUUGAAUGGCAGGAAGGCAGCAUUUCUUCUGUGCGGUGCAGUUUCCAAGCUGCCAAGGAAAAAUAAGUGCAGCUUAGAGCUUAGCCAGACAGCUUAGCCUGUCCGGUGGGGAUCCUGCUCAAAACAACGUGCAGAUUCUUCUUUGACGCAAAUGGUGUUCCUCAGUGGGAUUUUAGUCCACAUUCUGUUUUCGCAUCUUUUCCCAAGGAUCGAACCAAAGAUGUGUCUCCAGUUUUGUGUCUGUGCGUCCCUGUGUGUGUUGUCUGACCUUGUCCAGCUGGAGCCCGACGGAGGCACCAUCUCCACGUGUGGUCCAGGCCCGUUGGUCAUCAGCAGAAUUAGGAAAAGGGGAAGAAAUAGCAGAGGCUGGAUGUUGGUUGGUUCAGGAGACAGGUUCCAAAAUGGCCUGGAGUCUUCAACUUUUGACCAGUGCAGAUGUGACUGGAAACCAUGGCCGUGGCCACACUGGGAAAGUGUUCUCAGCUCAUUGAUUCCAAAAUGUGCCAAGGCCCCUGAGAAUUGCAUCACUGGCCUUGUUUCCACUGGCAGCCAGCCCUUGCCAGACUGCUGUGAAGUGGUUCCUCGUAAUUUCCUCAUUUACCCGGUGGUGACCUCCUCGGACCCUGCAGCUCUUACUGAGCGAGGAGAGAACGGAUAUUUGGCUGACCCCACAGAAGCUGCUGCAGUGCCCCAGUCUUGAUUGAUGGGUGGGUGAGACCUGGAUCCUCGUCUUCCCUGCUGGGGAGGUAGGGGGUCGCCCCAGCUUUAGGGCACGUUGGAAAGAGGACAAUUCCCAGCUAUUGGUGUUAAUUCUUUUGUAUGGCUUUGGACUGGGAUCCAGAAUUUUAAAUUGAAAACAGAGAUUUUUUAAGCAGGGAGAAGAAAAGAAUCAUCUACAACAGACCCUUCUCCCCAUUUGACGUGCAGUGUUUGAUUCUAGACGAGCAAAGGACCCUUUUUUUAAGACGGUUUCCAUCUGCAACUGCCCUUCUCUGCAAGUUCGCAGUGUGCGUGCCUCUGUGUUGUGAACUUUUAGCCCUUUAUACUUUUUUUCUUGUACGUUACUUUCCUUGAGGACACAAGCGUUGUCUCUGUGUCGCUGUUAGCUCCGGGAGAACAUGUUUUUCGUUCCUCAAAUGCUUCAAGAACAGCUACAGGCUGUUGUUCAACUAAGUGACCGCAUCACAGCUGGUAACUUGAACUGUGAACUCAGGUUUAUUCUGAACCCAGUGAGAAGUGAGGGGGUGUGAGGAAGGGGGAGAAACUGUAUUUUUAUGUGUGUGAGUCCCUGACAAAUCUAUGAAAUCGAGUGAAAGUAGAAAAGUGAAAUUCUUUAAUAUUUUAUUAUAUUUAUAUUGAAAACUUGACUGUCCCUUUGGUAAGUACACAGCGUGUUGUCCACUUGACCCAGAACUGUUCCUUGUCAGUCCACUGUGCCUGUGAUUUCAGUCAGCCUGGAGUUACCGACGGAAAUGACGGACUUGUCAUCGUGUGAAGGGUGGGAGGGAAUCACUUUGAAUUGUAUCAUGUCAUUGGUGAAGAACUGUAUUCUGUCACCAUUAUUAAAUAUAUGUACUUUUAUAAUGACUGUGAAAUACACUUUCCCCUCACUGUGACAGCAUCAUUUAUUCGCUGAUAAAUCG